ACACGCGCAGCGCGCACGACCAUACACACAUACACACACACACACGGAAAGGCCGGUCGGAGCAAAAAAGUCCCAUUGACGGAAAAAGGCAGGUAGGAGGGAAAUGAGAUGUCCGGGCGCGAAGGAAAGUAAGUAGGCGGUUUCUCCGGCGUUCCGGUUUUCACCUGGGCGUUGUCGCCGUCGCUUUUCACUCUCGCUUUCGACGAUGGACGAGAACGGUGCGACGAGGUUAGCUGCGGACAGCUACGAGAUGGUUAAGGCCAUGUACGACUUCAAGGCCACGUUCGCCAAGACUCUCAGCUUCCGGGAGGGCGAGUACUUUAUCCUGCUGCAGCGUAACGUCAAGCAGAAAAACUGGUGGCAGGUGGUGAACAGAGGGGGACGUCUGGGCUACAUACCGUCCAAUUACGUUGCCUCCGUGAAGGCGCAGCCCCAGUUCCUGAUCGACUUUCUGGAGGACUGUAUACUGACGUUGGAAACGGAAAUUAAGAAGGACAGCGAGUCGGUGCAGCCCGACAAGCAGGAUCUCCUGGCGAAGCUGACUGAACGGAAGGCACAGGUCGAGCUGAGCAAAAAGUCCAAGAGACAAGCGCCUAAACCACCGGAGUUGGACUGCGGCAUUUUACCUAGGGAGACGCAUUCCGCGAUUGCUUGCGACAAUACAGAAGCUGACGUCAAGUCGGCGCCGAGCAACACCUCCUACGCGACGGCGCAGACGACCCUUCGCGGCAAUAACGUAGACCACAUUCCGGCGGUUGCGCAACGGGUAAACGGCGACGAGCAACGUGUGCAGUCGCUCCCGCGUCAAUCGUCUUCGGACAUCGUUCAGAAGGCCCAGGCGUCGGUCAGCGACGUUCGUAAGAGCGCCUCGCAAGGUAGCAUACAAAAUCUGAGCGGCGUCUCGCCGAUCAAAAGCAAUAGCUCGCCCGUUAAGCAGAACAGCUCGCCGAUCAAGAGAGAGAGCAAUACUCUGCAAGCGAUUAAUUCGCGGAGCGCUUACCAACUGCUCGAUCAAGUGCGCAAAAACACUCAGCUCAGUCACGAGAUGUCCAAGGUGGCGGUCACGGUCGUGGUGUCUAGCCUGCGGCAGUUGCUGCCGGAAACUGUAAGUCAUUAUCUCGACGCUCUGCUGCAUCAGCUGCAGACACCGUUGACCGUGUCGAAAAUGAGUAUAGAAGAAACUUACGAUGCUAAUAGAUUGAAAAUUAUAUUCACCGAGCUGACUUCGUGCAAGGAAGAUUCGCAGCAAAGGAGUUGGAUGCUUUAUGAAGAUGAAUCCAUCAUCGUGGAAUAUAUUAAAGAAUUGACCGAAAUAUUGACUAAUGCCGACGCAAAUGUAUCCAGACACGUUUUAAAGCAAGAUAGAUACAAUGGCGUAACAAUAUUAAUACAGUAUUAUCAGAUGGAGGCGAGAUGGACCAUUAGACAACUGUUGUUGCAAUCAUUUGGCGUUAUGUGCAGUUUAGAUCCAGUGGUUCUAACUAUAAUGUUAAAUAGUAUCUUACCAAUGGAACUAGCGAGGGAUAUGAAGAGUAAUCCCAGGAAUGUAUUAAGAUUAAAUUAUUCGUCGUUAUUACUUACAAUGAUUUUUUCAAUGGGUGAACCCAUGCCAGUUACGCAUUUAGAACAACUUGGUUCAGAUUUUAUAUCGUUCCUGCUGGACCUAAUAGAAACACCACCCGAUACAGAUCUGGAAGAUCAAAUCCCAGACUUGUUUAUAAAUUUGAUAUUGUCCUACAAUUUACAAUUUACAUCUUCUGAGAAUAUCGUGCUAAACGCUUUACGUGAGCGGACAGUGGCCAAGACCUUCACUGAAAAGAUUUUAUUUCUCCUCAACAGAGAAGAGGAUCCGGUACGAAUAUUUGAUCACGAGCCACAACCGCCGCAUUCUGUGUUGAAACUAUUUGUCGACUUGUUCAGUAAUGAUGCCAUAGCGAGUCUCUUUUACACCAACGACGUGAAAGUUCUUAUUGACAUUAUACUACGUCAACUGUUCGAUAUGUUCCCGGGUGAUAAGCGUAGACAAUAUCUGGAGCUUUGCCGCCGUGUUCUGCGCACAUCCAACUAUAAUGAGCAUCGUCAUCGAUCUGGAGAUUUAUUAAGAUGUUUUACAAGGAUAUUUUGCGAGGAAACAGUGGAGAGUCACGAAGACCAGCAAGUAGUACGCGAGAUUAGCAACGAAUUUCCGCACUUGUUCAGAUUGUGACAAUUAAUUCCCUCGUCUGACCAAGAUUUGGACGAAGACGAUUUGCAAACUCUUGUUUAAAAAUAAAGAUCUGAGAAUUCAUCAACGGUAAGGAAGAAUCAAAUUCAUGACAAAUUUUGUUGUUAGCCCUUACGGCUUUUUCUAUAUUUUAUCUAGUAAAGGGAUACGCACACAGCUUAUGAAAUAACGUAAUAUGUUUUACGACUGCCAUAAAUGUCUUCAUUCUGUUGGUGCUAUGAGACAUCUUUGUGUAAAUGAACUAUUUAGUAGGAUAUAUGAAAUUGCUAUCAUAUAUGCGUGAAACAUGAAACAUAACUAGUUAAA